AUGCGUUCAAUUGCUGAAACAGUUGGACUUAUUCAACAAAAUAUUCAGCCUGCUAAACAAUAUAAAGAAAAUAUUCUUAAAAAUUCCGAAAUAGAAUCUCAAGAUUUACUACAAAUUGACGUUCGAGUUGUGCAAUUGGAAUAUCUACGAACAGUUUAUAUUAAUGAAAAGUGUUGUCAACUUAUUACUGUUAAUAAUGAGGUGAAAAUCGUAUACACAUCGAAAUGCCAUGAACAAUGUUAUUGUAAAAGUAUUCUACAAGACACUAUCACCAAUCUAAGCAUGGAGGAAUGCGAAGCUAUGGAUUAGAAAACAGAUAAAAUAUUUUCACUUUUACAAAUCAAUUCAUUUAUCAAAGAUAAACAUCUUUUAUAUUAUAUUUAUUCAAAAUUAAUUUUAUUAUUUUAACCAGAGUGUCAGUUUGUUUUCAUUCACACCAAUACUCAUCUUUCUAUCUCUUUAUAUGUUUCAACAAAACAAACCAUGCAACUUGUUGAUUCUCUUGAAAAGAUUUUUCUGUAUUGGAUUAUUAUUUUCACUCGAAUAACUGUUUUCUCACAACAUUUUUAACAAAUAAUUUGAACUUUUCCACUUUUCGACACACUUGAUUUUAACAUAAAUGUGACAUUUUUUUUCGAAAUUUUAAACAACUUGUCAUCUAUUCAGAUUAUUUAUGUAUAUAGAAUAUUGCAAAAGUAAUCUAUCAGAAAAAAAAUUUGCAUAUAACCACAGUAUUUCGAACAAGUGUGUUGAUUUUUUUUCUGAUGAUAGAGCAGUAUUCUAGGUUUUUCUUCAUAAAUCAACAACUUAUUGACAUACAUGAAACCUAGUAUAAUCUAGUUCAAUACAGAAUUUAGCCUUUUCUCAGGUACUGUUACCUUAGCAGUCAACCAUAAAACAAUGGAAUGUAUUCCAAACUUUUUUGACACGUCUUAGAGUUUUAUAAAAAAAUUUUCAAGAAAUGAUGGUGUUACGAUUGAAAUACACUGAAAAUCGUCGAUUUACGACAGGGUUCUAGAGCAAUUUAACGUUCCAAUAUUUUGAUUCUAUCACCGUCAUAUAUCGAUGAAAAUAGAAAACUUUUUUUAAUGAAAAUGAUCAACCAUAGAAGCUCUACAAAAUGGGAUA